AUGACACGACUGCCCCACGCCUCGCCUGCCCUCGUUAGGACAACUUCGCAGCGCGGUCUCGAGGAUGUUCAGGUUGGUGGUUGGGUUGGCAGAGUUGCGAUGGCAGCGCUGACUCCAUACACGUAUAUCCAAUGCCCAUGCUCGGACUUUUCGACGCUCGGCCGGUCAUCAGACCCCAACUUACCAGGGGGCACCGAAGCCGAUGACGAUGACGACCGCACUUUUGACCCCCGUGCCCUGCGCGCAAACUACACCCUCUACCCACUCGAGUACCUACUGUACUGCGAAGACUGCCACCAGAUCAGGUGCCCACGCUGUAUCGCCGAGGAGAUCGUGACCUACUACUGCCCAAACUGCCUGUUUGAGGUGCCGAGCAGCAACCUCAAGAGCGAGGGGAACAGAUGCACCCGGAGCUGCUUCCAAUGUCCAAUAUGCAUCGGCCCACUCGCCGUGACGAGCGUAGAGACGAAGCCCGACCCGAGCCUGCUGGCCGCCCCAGACAACGCCGCCGCGCCGCACACCGGCCCGUACGCCCUGACCUGCUCCUACUGCGCCUGGAGCUCGGCCGAGGUCGGCAUCCAAUUUGAAAAGCCGAAUGGCAUACACGCCCAGCUGGCGAAGCUACGGAACGGGGGCUCGACAAGGUUGACGGCCAAGGAGCGGAAAGAACGGCGUAAGGAUCCGUCAUUCCGCCCCCAGCCGGCAACGGAGGGCCAAGGUGCGCCGAACGAGACGGAGGUUCUAGACCUCGAGACCCAAUUUGCGAACCUGAAGGCGUUUUACCAGGACCAGCUCGCAAACCCCAACUCAGCCGACACUGGGCUCAGCACCCUGGGCGACCUCGGCUUCUCCUCGCCCACCUCGCUUUCGCGCAUCAUGAGCAUCUACACCGGCGGCAGUUUGCAGGAUAAGAAGGCCAAGUCGCGGCUUGGCGCCAUGCGGGAAGCGCUGGAUGCCAACGAGGGCCUCCAGUUAGCCAAGCUCGACGAGUCGGCCGCCAUCGAAGCGUUGCGAUCCGAAGGCCACGGCAGCACCGCGUCGGCCGCCCAGCUCGCCGACCAGCCCCCGAACCUCGGCGAAGAGCACCUCCACGGCCGCGGCCGCUUCACCUCGGAGCUCCGCCCGAUCCCCUACCUCCUACGCACCAAGCGCUCCAAACGCUGCCCCGUCUGCCGGCACAUUAUCAGCAAACCCGAGGCCAAGGUCCAGACCACGCGCUUCCGCAUCCGCCUGGUCGCGGGCAGCUACAUCCCCAGCAUCGCCAUCCGGCCCCUCUCCCUCUCAAGCGGCACCGGCACCGGCACCUCCGCCUCCGGAUCCGCCGUCCCGGGCGCGCUGCUCGAGCCGUUGCGCCCGGCGCACUACCUGCUGACUUUCAAGAACCCCAUCUUCGAGACCAUCAAGGUCACCCUGGGCGCCCCGGCCAAGACCCCGGGCCGCCUCGCCAGCAAGGUGACGGUGCUGUGCCCGGAGUUUGAGAUCGACGCCAACACGGACGUGUGGGACGAGGCCCUCAACCAGGGCGGCGGCAGCGAGCGGGACAAGCGACGGCGGCGCGGCGAGGACGGGGCCGCCGCCGCCGCCGGUAGUGGCAGCCAGAGCAACAUCAACCACCAGAACCAGCUGGAGGUGGGCAAGAUCUGGGAGCGCGGCCGGAACUGGGUCAGCAUCGUCGUCGAGGUGGUGCCGGCGUCGCUGCGCCUCGAGGAAGGGGACCCGCCGCUGGCCGAGGACGAGGAUAUCCUCGAGAUCCCCAUGUUUGUGCGCGUCGAGUGGGAGGCCGAGGCCGGUGGGGAUGAGGUCGGAUCUGUCGCUGCUAGGGAUCGGGAGGCGAGGGAGAAGCGCGAGCUGGCUUAUUGGUGUGUUUUGGGGUUGGGGAGGAUCCGGCCGUAG